CCAUCAUCAUCAUGGCGGGAGACGAUAUUACGUUCAUCUUCCAGUUCGGCAACUUGCGGGACAUCAUCACGGUCGAGUCGAGUGCAUUGACACUGAAGACGCUCAAAGAUUUGGCCUGCGAGUUCAUCAACAGCAAGAUCCCGAGCAAUGGGCUUAACCGGCUGCCGGAGCGUUUGUUGCUCUUCCGGCACGACUACGAGUCCCCGAACGUGCUGCAGAUGGUGACCGCCGCGUCCGACAUCGUCGACGAGACGCUGGUCGAGAUCGUGCUCACCGCAAACCAAACGUUACUGCCUGCCGCCGCAACCGCCGUCGCCGCCGCCGGCGGCAGUGGAAUCCGGCGCACUGCUCAAGAUGAAAUUCCGCUCGUACGGCCCCACGCGCUGGCCGUCCACUCGUACAAAGCGCCCACGUUUUGUGAUUUUUGCGGCGAAAUGCUGUUCGGGCUCGUCCGCCAGGGCCUCAAAUGUGAGGGCUGUGGGCUCAACUAUCACAAGCGUUGUGUUAUCAAAGUGCCAAAUAACUGCAGUAGAGUAGAACACACCGGUGCAGCGCUACAGCAGCAGCAGCAGCAAAACAAUGGCAGCGGUGGCCGCCGUCCGGCCCGCAGCCCGUCCGGUGGCUCGAGCAACUCGGUCGCCUCGGAUGAAACCGCGGGCGCCGGAACCAUGCUGUACGCGUCGUCCGGUGGGCAAACGGCGAAUAGUCGACCGAGCCGGUCACCGUCGCUCACGAACCGCGGUGGGCAGAUGAUCAAAAUUCCCCACAGCUUCUCCAUCCACACGUACACCCGGCCGACGGUGUGCCAGCACUGCAAGAAGCUGCUGCGCGGUUUGUUCAAGCAGGGCGUCCAGUGCCGCGACUGUCACUACAACGCGCACAAGAAGUGCAUCGAGAAGGUGCCGAAGGAUUGCACCGGCGAAAACACGCAACCGGUGGAGGCGCCCGACGACCGCAGCGUGUCGAGCGACCGGGAGCAGACCGGCCGGGACGAUCCGGAGGACGAGAGUGACUUCGAUGAGGGGCCGUCGGCGCUGAAGCGCGACCGUGACGGUGGUGCGCGGGCGACGGCUGAGAUGGGCUCGUGUCUCACGGCGGGGCCGGGCGGUUCCGGAGCCGGGGCCGUUGGCUUGCCGGGCACGACGCUGAACGGUGGUGGGUCGGGUGCGUCGUGCGCCUACCUGCCCGAACCGGACCUGGACGAGAGCAACUCGUCGUCGUCGCCGAGCGCCAACAUUCCACUGAUGCGCAUCGUCCAGUCCGUGAAGCACACCAAGCGCCGGGACGGGCGCGCGAUGAAGGAGGGCUGGCUGGUACACUUUACGAACCGCGAGAAGGCGGUCAAGCGGCACUACUGGCGGCUCGACUCGAAGGCGAUCACGCUGUUCGUGUCGGACCAGGGCAGCAAGUACUACAAGGAGCUGCCGCUGAACGAGAUCCUGGCGGUCGAGACGGCCCGCACACCGUACGGGCCCGUGCUGCACUGCUUCGAGAUACGGACCGCGGCGGUGGAGUACUACGUCGGGCAGGAUCCGCUGUACAGCAUGAAGCACACGGCCCCGGACCACAUGCUGGCGCUGCCACCGCCGGACAGUGGCGUCGGGGCUUAUCUGGCCAAGAGCUGGGAGACUGCAAUCCGGCAGGCCCUGAUGCCGGUCCAGUCGGCGACGGCCAAGUGCGAGUCGCCCGGCAGCGCGACCGAGCCGGAGGACCGGGUCACCGACAUGAGCCAGCUGUACCAGAUCUUCCCGGACGAGGUGCUCGGGUCCGGCCAGUUCGGCAUCGUGUACGGUGGCGUGCACCGGAAAACGCACCGCACGGUCGCGAUCAAGGUGAUCGACAAGCUCCGGUUCCCGACCAAGCAGGAGGCGCAGCUGAAGAACGAGGUCGCCAUCCUGCAGAACCUGUCGCACGCCGGCGUCGUCAACCUCGAGCGAAUGUUCGAGACGCCGGAGCGCAUCUUCGUUGUGAUGGAAAAACUGAAGGGCGACAUGCUCGAGAUGAUUCUUUCCCACCAGAACGGGCGGCUCAACGAGCGGGUGACCAAGUUUCUCAUCACCCAGAUUUUGGUUGCGCUCAAGUAUCUGCACAAUCGCAACAUCGUGCACUGUGACCUGAAGCCGGAGAACGUGCUGCUGUCGUCGGACGACGAGUUCCCGCAGGUGAAACUGUGCGACUUUGGGUUCGCGCGCAUCAUCGGCGAAAAGUCGUUCCGCCGGUCGGUGGUCGGGACGCCCGCCUACCUGGCACCGGAGGUCCUGCGCAACAAGGGCUACAACCGGUCGCUGGACAUGUGGAGCGUCGGGGUGAUCAUCUACGUCAGCCUCAGCGGCACGUUUCCGUUCAACGAGGACGAGGACAUCAACGAUCAGAUCCAGAACGCCGCCUUCAUGUACCCGCCCAACCCGUGGAAGGAGAUUUCCUCUGAUGCAAUCGAUCUGAUCAACAAUCUGCUGCAGGUGAAGCAGCGCAAACGCUUCACGGUGGACAAAAGCUUGCUGCACUGCUGGCUGCAGGAGCUGCAAACGUGGAACGAUUUGCGGGUCCUGGAAGCGCAGGUGGGUCUGCGCUACCUGACGCACGAAUCGGACGACGCCCGCUGGGUCAGCGGCGUGGCCAACGGUAGCGCCGGUGGCAUCCCAUGACCCUCGACGGACGUCCGCUGCGCGCGGCCACAGUCGUCGGCGGAGUCGUCGGGACCGGAACGGAGCGACCCGACAGCCCCGCUGCCGUUUAUCGACGAAGCGGACCCGACGGCGGCGGCGGCCGAACGGUGUCCCUCGGUAUCGGUCGCGUCCGUAUCCUGCGCAGCAGCCAGCGCAGUGGCCAGCGGCGGUACGUGCAUCAACGCGCCACCGUCCAGCAAGCCGUACGAUGCCAACCAGCCGACGC